CCUGACGUUUGUUUGGCUUUUGCAUUCUGAUUAUUGGGUGGAGACAAUACAUUAAAUUUUAAUUGUUGUUUUGAAAAUAACAGCGCUGUGUUUAAACUAGUAUUAACAAUUGAUCGCACUGAGUCAAACCCAACAGUUUUAUUUAGUGGCAAAUAGUUCAACUAGGUUUCAUCUGGAUUCUACCCCAUGUUGGGUUUUGUUAAAAAGCACUAACAAACAUGGGAAAGUAGUGAACGAAUACGAAGAAUGAACCACUCGAGUACCAAUUUAUUAGAGCAAGACAAUAUGCUCGACAGGGAUUUGGCCAGUGGGUUCGAUCAUGGAAAGCAGAAAAAGUUCAGUUCUGGUUCUCUUAGUGGCGAUAUGUCAAGACCAAAAGUUGUCACUGUGAAACACCCAGACUCAAAUAAGCUCAAACCGACUGCCAAGAAGAACAAAACGCCAAUACAGGCUGAUCUGGAUGUGAGCAAGGAGUUCAUCAGGUGCAGAGAUGAAGGGUUAAAAAGACUGGAUUUGAGUAAGUCAAAUAUUACUCACCUGCCUCAGACUAUUAGAGACUUGACUCAUCUAGUAGAGCUUUACUUGUAUGGCAAUAAGCUAGUUCAGUUGCCAAGUGAGAUAGGGAGCCUCACUGGUCUUCAAAUGUUGGCCCUAAGUGAAAACUCGUUAACUAGUCUCCCAGACUCAUUAGAAAACCUGAAAAACUUGAAAGUACUAGACUUGAGACACAAUAAAUUGAACGAUAUUCCUGAGGUAGUAUACAACCUAACAUCAUUAACAACAUUGUACCUAAGGUUUAACAGAAUAAGGUAUGUAGGUGAUGAAAUAAGCAACUUGACUGCCUUGGUCAUGUUCAGCUUGAGGGAGAAUAAAAUCAGAGAAUUGCCUUCAGGGAUAGGGCACUUGGUAAACUUAGGUACUUUUGAUGUGAGCCACAAUCAUCUGGAGCAUCUACCAGAAGAGAUUGGAAAUUGUAUAAAUCUAAGUACUCUAGAUUUACAACACAAUGAGCUACUGGAUAUCCCAGAAUCGAUUGGAAAUAUCCAACAGCUUACCAGGCUAGGUUUAAGGUAUAACAGAUUAACCUGCAUACCAUCGACCUUAAAAAAAUGCCGUGAGAUGGAGGAUUUUAAUCUGGAGGGUAAUGCAAUCUGCCAAUUACCAGAAGGCAUUCUUUCAAGUUUAAAGCGAUUGUCGAGCAUCACUUUAUCAAGGAAUAAUUUUUCCGCUUUUCCCAUUGGAGGUCCAUCCCAGUUUACUGAUGUAGAUUCGGUGAAUUUGGAACACAAUCAAAUCGAUAAGAUUCCUUAUGGAAUUUUUUCCAGGGCCAAAAGGCUCACAAAACUGAACAUGAAGGAAAAUAAAUUAAUGUCUCUUCCUCUGGAUGUUGGAACCUGGGUUAACAUGGUGGAACUUAAUUUAGGCACCAAUCAGCUAGAAAAACUGCCAGACGACGUCCAGUGUCUGCAAGCGUUAGAAGUAUUAGUUCUUUCUAACAAUCUUCUGAAGCGAAUACCACCUAGUAUUGGAAACCUUCGAAAACUUCGAGUAUUGGAUUUAGAAGAAAACCGACUAGAGCAACUUCCGAACGAAAUCGGCUAUCUUAAAGAUCUGCAACGGCUCAUUGUGCAAUCCAACCAGCUGACUAUAAUACCGCGUGCCAUUGGCCAUUUGACAAAUUUGGUAUUCCUGAGCGUUGGAGAGAACCUCUUGAGUUAUCUACCAGAGGAAAUAGGCACAUUAGAAAACUUAGAGUCUCUGUACGUCAACGACAAUCCCAAUCUUAACAAUUUACCAUUCGAGCUGGCGCUGUGUUCAAAUUUGCAAAUUAUGAGCAUCGAAAAUUGCCCUUUGGGCCAAAUUCCAGCGGAAAUUGUAUUGGGUGGCCCUUCAUUGGUGAUACAGUACCUGAAAAUGCAGGGUCCUUACAGAUCUAUGUGAUGCACCUAGUUUUCGAAACAAGUUUGUGAUAUGGUAUAAGUUUUUGUCUGUUUUGCCCUAGAAUUAAUAACGAAGCGAGAACGAAUCUGCUCUCAACAAUGCUCAUUAUCAACGUUUUUGUUAGCGAAAAUGGGCUUAAGCCGAAUUGAUUGUGUGUAUGUGUGGUUGAACUUUAUUUUUAGCACAAGAAAGUAGUUUCUCUAAAUGUUAACGUGUUAUAUGGAGCAAACAUUGAAGAAUUAUUGUUUAAAACAGUGUAUACAAAACGAUAACCACUGAAGUACAUUGACCUAGAUAUUUAUUUUGCUACGGGAAUAUUUUGUGACCCCGUAGGUGUCUGUAAUAUUUUCAAAAAUUUACCCGCUUUACCAGCAGAUAUUAAAUCAAAUGAUGUAUAUUUAAUUCUAUUAGCGUUUGCAACCAUCUCAGGCUAAGCACAUAGUGAAGUGGAGAAGAAAAUAAAAAAAGGUGUGCGUCAUCGGACGCUCGAGAGAAGUGAUAACUUUAUAUUAUUUAUAGAAACCAUAUAAUAAUGAACUUGUUUAACGCAUGAUGGCAAUAGGAAUUUAUGAAUGGAUCAAGAAUAGGUAAAAUGUAAUUUAAUUUCGUUGUAAAAUUUAUAUUUUACUUAAGUACAACAUUUAAUAUUCUUCAAUAGUUGCAGUUGACUCGCUGGUAUUUAAGAUAUCAUUAUUUAAUCUUACAAAAUCUUAUUUAUCAUCUUUAAUUGUAACUUUGAUUCAAGAAAUUGCUUUAAGUUUUGAGCUCAAUCAGAAGAAAAAUCAACAUUAAAAUCUUCACUUAAAAUUAAUGGCAAGUUGUGGCCAAGGCAAAUAAUUUUCGUCCGAACUGUGUUCGUCAGAAAUCGUGCGAAAAGGAGCGAAUGAUCCAAUUUCAUUGGACGAACCACUGCAAUGUGCGAAUACUAUCCGAAACAAUUGGAAUUUGUUUGCAGGUUCGCAGUAUUUCUGACUGAAAAGCGAAUAUUUUUGAAACACACCUAGCUGAAAAAGAUGUUGAAAAACUAAGUAUUUCUAAUUCAUUUUUAUAUCUUCAGAUAAAUGAUGGAAUUUUACAAAUUCUUUUCGUUUUUUCGAUUUAUAAACACCUAUAGCUUAGUGUAAUUAUGUAUUAAAUAAGUUAAAAUUUGUUUGUAAUUAAAUUAACUUUUUUAAAACACCAGCGGGAUAAAGCCUUAAGCUGGGCUCUACAUUUUGAAUUAAUAAUAAUUUGACUCGUUAUAAAGCAAGAAGUCCACUCAAAAAUAUUCGCUUGUGUCUAGAUAUAGUCAAAAUUUGUAUCACAAAAAUUAUAUUAUCGUUCUGAGUACUUGCGAAAUCAGAUACUCUAGAUAAUUAAUUCCUUCUAUAAUUUGUUUCAAAUUUGUUCAUACUUGUUCCUGCAUACCAAAUGGUAGAAAAACCAAGAAGAAGUAGCAAAACCGAAAAAUGUAGGACUUGGUUAUUUUGUCCAAGAAAAACAGCUUCUAAAUAAAGUCCCUUGUGUCGGUUCUAGGUGAUUAUCUAUGUGUUGCUAGAUCUCUUAGAGCUCAGGUCUAGGUGACCGUCUACCGUCUUAUUAUCGCUUUAUUUGUACAACGAUCUGCUAUUAACUAUAGUAAUUCAAAUAAAAGUAUUCAUUUUCGAUCAGAAUUAAACAAAACAUGUUUCAUACACUUUUGUGAGCACUAGUCUUUCAAAUGAAUUCGAUGUGAUAUGACUUAUUUAAGUAUAUUAUGUAUUUUUAGGCUAAACCUUUUUAACUGUUUUACUAACUGUCCUGAUGAUGGAUGGUACCAGGGUUAACCGUCGUUCAUUUAUCAGCUGAAUUUUACAUGAGGCCUAGUCGAUGAUGUAAUUUUAAUAAUAGAUUAAUUUCACACAUUAAUAACAGUUGAUGACACCAUUCUGUUGGUUCUUAGUUUUUUUCAUCGAAAUCAACAUGCUUGACUUUAUUGUUCGUAAAACGGGCCACAAUCUGUAUUUUGUUAAACAAUUAUACUAUGCUCUUAUUAACUAAUGAAUGUCGUCUAGAUUACAUAAUUAUAUAGGUGUAUUGUUUUAAGUAUAACGAUACGUACAUGUUUAAGCCCAUGUCUAGCAUAACUGUGUGUACAAAAACUAUCUGUCUUCAGUGUUAUUUACUGUUAGGUGAAUGCGUAAAUGUUGCUACAUAUAUUAAAUGUAUUUUAUUGAGA